UGCGAGAAGUCAUGCCACGCUAUUUUUCCCAGAUAACUUGUCGUUUGUUGCUAAUAUCUGCGCUUCUGUUUACCAGAGAAGCUGACGCUCUCCAGGUGAUUGGUGGAAGUGUGACAGCGGUUCAAGGAGGUACGGCUAUCUUACCGUGCCUUGUCACUGAUAUCAGUGAUGAGUUGACACAGAUUACCUGGCAGAGGAAGACUAGACAAAACCCUCAUAAUGACAAUUUUAUUACUAUCCAACCCAGAAAUGGACUACAGUUUGUCAAUGGACGUGAUGAUCGAUUUAAAUAUAUCGGGAAUUUUAACAACAAAAAUGGAACUCUCCAGUUAUCCAAUGUUACCCUGAAGGAUGAAGGCAGCUACACGUGCAUCUUCACCCUGUUUCCCAGUGGAAAUCAGAAGACUGAGAUACCUCUAAACUUGCUCGUGCCUCCUUUCACAAGCAUCAAGGACAAUCUUCCCACUUUGGGCACAGAAGAGGUUUUAUUUGCUACCUGCACGGCUGCUGGAUCGAAGCCUCCUGCAGAGGUGAGGUGGCUCACUGAUGGUUUGGGAGAAAAAGUGAGGACGACAACAAACUCGACACAGUAUGACAACGGCACGACUACCACAGUCAGCUCUCUGUUUGGCGUUCCUACGAAAAAGAUUAACGGUCACCAGGUCCAGUGUGUCAUCAGUGUUGACUCCCUGACUAAAGAAGAAACCCUGCCCUUCACCAUACAGAUCUACUUUUCUCCUACAGAAGUGAAAAUUUCAGCAAUUUCAGGGGAUUCAUUUGAGUGUGUGACAGAAGCCAACCCAAAUGCAAAAUUCACCUGGAUCAGAUCUGGCCAGUCUUUGCUGGAGUCUGCUGUCAAAGUAGAGGGUGCAAACCUACAACUGCUCAGCCUGACGUCUGAUCUAAAUGGACUCUAUCAGUGUGAAGCAUCUAAUGCAUAUGGAAGUAAACACGGUCAGCUCUAUGUGCAUGUGGCAUCAGGAACAUGCCGUGUUGCCUGGGCAUUAUUUCUUGUUUUGCUUUCCCUGAAUGUUGGGGCUGCAGCAUGGUACUUUUAUAAAUCUGGACAUUUUAAAAGCUGUGGGAGCAAAUAAUGGACAACAUCUGGACCGAUACCUCCACCAACGUGUCAUUCCACAGUCAACUGGUAAACAACCAGAUGAAUAGAUGGAGGUACUUGGUAACCUUUCCUACCCUCGAAUCCCUUUUAUUUUGUGAUUCAGGUUUAUAAAUGUUUUUGUCUUACUUUAAAAUUGCAGUAAUUGCAUAAAUACACGCAAAACAUUGGUAACUGACUCCCACUCUCCUUGCAUGUCACUGCCACAGCAUUUUGGAUGUGGCUUUUACUGCCUGUUCCUGUUGUCAUAAACAACUUAAACAGUAUUUGGGAUCCACACUGUUUCCACCAACAGUUUAAAGUGCUUUCAUCUGCAGCUGACUGUUGAUAGCAGUUGUAUUAAUGUGGUUACAGCUGUUUUUGUUUUUCCCCAUCUGCUUAUUAUUACUACCCUUCAUGAAGGGUAACAAUGUUAAUUGUACAUUUUUAGGUUUAAAAUGUACAGUACCAGCACAAGUUUAGACACACAGCCCGUUCAUAUUAAACAACAGAUGUAUCAGCAGUACACCACAAAGCCCACGCAGACAGUGGGUUCAAAACAGCUUUCAGACAGUACAAACACUCACACCAGACAACUCCUUGAAUGCAGUAAUCUGUCUGUCUGAUGUAUAAUUACUACUGAGCAGCCAAAGCUGAGGGUGCAAACACUUGCUCUGUAAUUUCAACCAGUAUCAUUAGUAUAUCAUUUUAUAACUAUGCAGCCCUGCCUUUGUCCUUUUUAUAAAAAGAAAAAUGAAUCUCAAUCACUUAUCAGGGACUUUUUUUUUACAGAUAAAAGAUCCUCCUUUUUGCCAGAUUUAUUAUUUUAGUUGUUUGUUUGUUUUUUAAAUUAAAAUCGAAGAUCUUCAUCCUGCUUAAAUUUUUUCAUUUAACUGUCUAUAAGAAACAUUAAGUCUGAACAUUUUCCAGAAGAGUUUAGUUAGAAAGGAAAGGUUUCUCUGAUCAAUCCUUAAUCUUGAUCAUUUAGUGUAUUAUUUUUGCUAAAACGAGUGUUCUGGUCAAUGCGAUGGUAAUGAGAGACUGCGCCAAAAAAACUGAGUAUAUGGACUGAAGGCCUGGAAAUAUUGUGGUACCAGAUGCACACUGCUGUUCAUAAUCCUGCUUCAGAAUACUCACUGAAAGUAUGAAUAAACAGGAAAGGAACAGUUAAACAAGCAAUUUAUGAUUUCAGUCAGAUCAAACUGUCUAGUUAGAAAGGAAUCCAUUUCAGAUGAGCCCUUCAGUGGACCUACCACCUUCUGGAGGGCCAGUCAAAGGCAUCGGCCUUGAUUGACUGAUCUCAAAUUGCGUAAUGUCAGGGAAACCCUCUGAUUAUCUGCUUUGUGUUGAGUUCAUUUCUUAUGAGUAUACAAACUUGAGACAGAAAGCAAAAACAGAGUUUAUGACAUGUUCAAUAUCAAAAUCAAAAUUAAGUCAUGUAUUACAAGCACUACAGUAAAACAUGGAGUUUCCAAAAUACACUGCAAGUUCAGCUGCUAAAUGACUUACGAUGACUGAUGUCCUCUCAACUUUCCAUUUUGACAGCAGGCAGCUUUAGUUAGACUGUGACUCCUUUUGGAGUCUGUUAGAUAGCUUUGGCCUUAUCACAACUACUGACACAACAACAGACGAGGAUAAAUUGUUUCCCUUAUUUCAUGUUGUUUUCACAGACCUGUUGAUUUCCUAGUUGGACUUUUGCACAUCAGUUUUAGGUACGAACUUUUACUGCAGUGAAUGAUAGAGAUACCAAAUUUAUUUUCUGAGGAGCAUAACUUUUGACCAGUAUCUGACCAAUCAAGUCAUUGUUGCUAAAUCAGUGUUUAGAUGUGGUCUUAGAAGUAAAUAAGUAUUUAGAAGUAAGUAUUUUUUGUACCUCCAUAUUUUUGACUAGAACAUAUUUAGCUAUCUUAAUCCUGCUUAGCAUUAGAUGCACUUGUAUAUGUAUUUUAACUGUACACCUUGAGCUAUUUUUCACUUGUUACUGAAGGGUAGACAGCAUUGUUUUUAUUUUUACACUAAUGGUUAUUUGUUACAUUUGACCUUUCCACGACCUUAACUAUCACAGCUAUAUGCAAAGCCUUAACUUAUCCUAAGCCCGAAUUUAGCUUUAAACAAAACAGCCAAGGCACAUUUGGCUCUUUAAAACCAGGCGAAAAAGUGAAACCCAGUAAAAAUGUCUUCCCUUUGGCAUCAUAUCUUUACACUACACAUUAAAAUUAUGAGGUAUUACUUACUGGUGGCUUCACAAAGACACUGCUAUAAAAGCAUGGAUUACCUGGGGAAAAACUGAGGUGAAAUUAAAUAAACUGUUAUAUUUUUGUUUGAUUCUUUGUUUGUUACUUUUGUGAAUGUCAAUAAACAGCCAACAGUCUGGUUAUGUGUUAUUGUUUACCUUUAACUACAAUUUAUCUUGCACCUUACUGAUUGUUAAUGACUGCCUGAGAUGAACUUCGUAAGAUAGGGCAUAGCAGAAAAUGUUUGAGAACCACUUUGUUAUACUAUUACGAUCAUAUACCAUACUGUGGUGUCUCAAAUGUGGCAGCUUUAAGUAAAAGAUUAAAUAACUAAAGCAUGGUCUUUGGUCUGUAUUGUAAAUUGAUUUGUUUUUUAUUUGUCUUAAAAGUUAAAUA